AUGUCUCUUGCCAAUUUGUCAUACAAGCGUAUUUUGCCUGUUAUCGGUGCUUUCGGUGCUGCCGGAUUGGCCUUCCACUUUUCAGGAUCCCGUGUUUUCAACGAACCCAGCAAGACUUUCACUGGUAGCGACGAGUGGAUCGACUUGAAAUUGAAGGACUCGUGGCACAUUUCCCCAAACACCAAGCACUAUGUGUUUGAGUUGAAGAGCCCAGAAGAUGUUUCCGGAUUGGUCACUGCUUCGCUUCUUUUGGCCAAGUACGUGACUCCAAAGGGAAACAAUGUCAUUAGACCUUACACGCCCGUGUCCGACGUUGACCAAAAGGGCACUCUCGAGUUUGUCAUCAAGACUUACCCAGACGGUAAGUUUUCCAAGCACAUGCACGACUUGAAGCCUAACGACACUGUUUCCUUCAAGGGUCCAAUUGUCAAGUGGAAGUGGGAACCUAACCAGUUCAAGCACAUCACCUUGAUUGGUGGUGGUUCUGGUAUUACUCCAUUGUACCAAUUGAUUCACGAGAUCACAAAGAACCCUAAUGACAAGACCAAGGUCUCGUUGUUUUACGGUAACUUGACCGAGGACGAUAUUUUGUUGAGGAAAGAAUUGGACGAUGUGGCUGCUAAGCACAAGGACCAAGUCUCCAUCCACUACUUCCUUGACAAGGCCCCAGAGGGCUGGAAGGGUCACACCGGCUACAUUUCCAAGGAGUUUUUGAAGGAGCACUUGCCAGGCCCAUCCAAGGACUCCAAGAUCUAUGUGUGCGGUCCUCCAGGCUUGUACAAUGCCAUCUCGGGUAACAAGAAGUCUCCAACUGACCAGGGUGAGGUCACCGGUGCAUUGGCUGAAUUGGGCUACACCAAAGACCACGUUUUCAAGUUUUAA